AGAUACAGUAUCGGUUGUUAUUAAUACUACUACAUAUUCUGUGAAUAUACGUAUGCUAUUCCAGCAAAAAUGUCAGAGAAUCAACAAGAGAAAAGUGCUAAGUCUCUUGCGCAAGAGAAAGCUCUGAAUGACUGGCUUCCCAUCACCAAGUCAAGAAACGCUAAAUGGUGGUAUUCUGCUUUUCACAAUGUCACUGCCAUGGUUGGUGCUGGUGUUUUGGGUCUGCCCUAUGCCAUGUCUCAACUCGGAUGGGGUCCUGGUGCAGCCGUAAUGGUGCUGUCAUGGUUCAUUACUCUAUACACACUAUGGCAAAUGGUGGAGAUGCAUGAGAAUGAGGAAGGAGAGAGGUUCGAUAGGUAUCAUGAGUUAGGGCAACAUGCCUUUGGUAAAAAACUCGGGCUUUGGGUAGUUGUACCACAGCAACUCAUAGUUGAAGUUGGGGUUAACAUAGUUUAUAUGAUUACCGGCGGCAAAUCUAUGAAGAAAGUUCAUGAUUUACUUUCCACUAACGGCAAAGAUAUCAAAACUACUUAUUUUAUUUUGAUAUUUGCCCUGGUUCACGUUUUUCUUUCUCAUCUCCCAAGUUUUAACUCCAUCUCUGGAGUCUCUUGUGCCGCUGCUGUCAUGUCCCUCAGUUACUCAACAAUCGCUUGGGCAGCUUCAGCUCACAAGGGAGUGGAAGGGAUAAAUAAGGCUGCACAUUACGCUCCGAGGUCUUCGACCUCCAUCGGACAAAUGUUCGAUUUCUUCAGUGCAUUAGGGGAUGUUGCUUUUGCCUACGCAGGUCACAAUGUGGUAUUGGAGAUUCAAGCUUCAAUCCCAUCCUCGCCGGGAAAACCAUCGAAAGUACCCAUGUGGAGAGGCGCUUUCGUUGCAUAUCUCGUCGUCGCCUUAUGUUACUUUCCGGUGGCUUUCUUAGGCUACUGGGUUUUCGGGAACGAGGUUGAAGAUAAUAUCUUGAUUUCACUAGAGAAGCCACGGUGGUUGAUUGCCGCUGCUAAUAUAUUCGUGGUCAUUCAUGUCAUCGGAAGCUAUCAGAUAUUUGCAAUUCCGGUGUUUGAUAUGCUGGAGUCAUUUAUGGUCGGAAGGAUGAAAUUCAAGCCAACUACGCGACUUCGCGUUGUCACUCGAACUUCUUACGUUGCAUUGACAAUGUUCUUGGCGAUGUCAUUUCCAUUCUUUGGAGGACUUCUGAGCUUUUUUGGAGGAUUUGCUUUUGCACCCACAACAUAUUAUCUACCUUGUAUCAUUUGGCUUGCCAUAAAAAAACCAAAGAGGUUUAGCUUAUCUUGGUGCAUCAAUUGGAUGUGCAUAAUAAUUGGAGCUCUGUUGAUGGUGUUGGCCCCUAUUGGUGCACUCAGGAAUUUAAUACUUCAAUCCAAGAACUUCAAGUUUUACUCUUAGAUCAUCAUCAUAUGUUCUUUUCUUUUUAAUUUUUUUUGCUGAACUUAAUUAGUAAUUUUCUCUGUAUUAUGUUAGGGUUAAUUACUAUCCUUCCUCUUAGAAUUAGUUUGAGAUUGUCAUUUCUUUUUAGAAUUUUUAAAAACUAUUUUCACUUUUAGUUAAGAUCAGAGUUUGAUUUUGAUUUUUUUAUAAAUCAAAUUCCUUUUAAAGA